AUGAGCCUGAUAAAAUUUAGAGAUGACCACAACAGAUCCGUUGCAGUGUACAAUAGUGUGCUUGAGGAGGUGGAGACAUUGGUUGGGAUAUAUGAAAGUGGGAAGGGAAAUGGAUUUGAGAACAUAUUCAUAAUCAGGUCCGUCAUGUUUAGCACGAGACUGACAGAGAACCCAACAUCCUUAGCCUUGAAUGUAGCAUUUCAGAAGCAAAUUGGUGAUGUUUCCGAAGAUUAUCAAGAAUCUUACCUCUACAUUUCAAGUCAAUCAGAAGAAUCCAACCUUGAGAGAAUCGCUAAUGAUAUAAUAGUUGAGGCAUUCACAAGCAACAGACAAGUAACUUGUCGCAUUAAUGGAACAUCAGAUGCUGAGUUCAAACGUAAACCUGGACAAGAGUGCAUUGCAUGUCCAUUAGGUCAGUUUAGAUUAGGUGAAAAUUGCCAGCCGUGUCCUGAAAACACUGCCUUUCCUCUGCAACCUUCACAUAUCUGCCCUUGUAAGGUAGGCUACUUCAGAAACACUGUGAGCCAUCCCGACAGAGUCCAGUUUGAAGACCCCAUUAACGAGGAAGCCAGUCACAAGUGUACAAAGCCACCCAGUGCUCCGCAGAAUGUGUCACUCGCUGUAACACACACUACCCUAACUGUUAGCUGGUCACAACCUGUUGAAGACGGUGGGAGGACUGAUCUCUACUAUCAGGUGGAAUGGAGUGGCAGUAACCCACUUGAUCUCUCUGGCAGUGUCUAUGUCAGUGGGUCAUCAAGGACUAGAACAUUCACUGGUCUCAAACCAUUCACUACGUACUGUGUUAGGGUGACUGCCCACAACGGAGUCAGUGACCAGGAUCAUCUGGGGUUGAGUCUCAGGAGAGUGAUGGAGUGUGCCGUUACUCUACCUGCUUUGCCUAGUGUAGUGACUGGUGUGCAGGGAGCAUAUCCGUAUGUGGUGUGGAACCCUCCAGAGGAGCCAAACGGAAUCAUCACCAAUUACUCCCUGACCUUCACUUGCUGCGCUCCAACUUCAACUCCAUCUCCACCUUCUGUCUGUAACGCUAUGAAUGUUGACCUAGUUCGAUAUCCCACCACAAUAGCCCCAGUCAGUGGAUCCGUGACCAUAGCUACACAGUGUGCUGACAAUGCUCACGUCAGAAUUGGCCAUAGUCUGGAUGUUAGGUGUUCCUCUGAUGGUAUCUGGCUUGGUACAGUUCCUCAGUGCGAAUGCAAUGUUGGAUAUCAUUCAGUUUCUGUUGGUGGAAUAAUGAUCUGCCAAGCUAACGUCACAUCUUGCGAUGAGUGUGACUCCUGCUGCCCUGUCUGUGACUCUUGUGGUCCUACCCUUGAUCCUUGCUCUGACACUGAGAUAUGCCAGCUACCUUGUGUCAAUGGAAUGUGCAAUACCACCACUGGAGACUGUGACUGCUCUCCUGGAUAUACUGGUGUUGUCUGUGAUGAAGCAGACAUUGAUGAGUGCGGGGGUGGGAGCCAUAACUGCAGUCAGAUCUGUGUCAACACUCCUGGAUCAUACUACUGCAACUGUCAGCAUGGCUUUCAGCUAGUCGGUGGCACAGAGUGUGAAGAUGUGGAUGAAUGUCAAGUGCUUUCUCCCAAUGGAUUCUGCAGUCAAGUGUGUGUUAACACUGAGGGUUCUUUCCACUGUGACUGUAUGGAGGGAUAUCAACUCUUUCGGUCAUUCUUAUGCACAGAUAUUGAUGAGUGCAGUGAAGGGAUCGACACAUGCAGUAAGAGUGGACCCACACCUGCUCGCUGUAUCAACACUGAAGGAAGCUAUAGGUGUACAUGUGAUGAGUACGUUGGGUACCAUUUGUCUACCAGUGGUACCACAUGUGAAGAUGUGGAUGAAUGUGCUGAAGACCCGUCCCUCUGUAGAGAGACCUGUGUGAACACACCUGGUUCCUACAGCUGCUCUUGCCCUGAAGGAUAUGCACUUGAUGUGGAUCAGAUAUCCUGCAGAGAAGGAUUCAGUGAAAGGGUAAGAGUGAACAUUGACAGACCUAAAGGGGUGACCUCAAAUUCAGGGUUAAAUUCAGCGGAGAAGCUUCAUUUAACUAUGAAGAAAGACAAGGGAACACUGGAAGGCCAGAUUACUUUGGUAGCUAGUAGCAUGAUUGAUGGAACUGAGCUGAGCUUCCAACUCAGCAGCUAUGACGGAAUGACAAAUGCCUAUUUUCACAUCGAAGCAAGUUACCAGCCACAGCCUGGUGAGCUGUUCUUCAGGCGACUUCUUCUAUUCACUGAGAUCACUCAGAGCUGUAGCUUCAGUGCCUUCUUGCCAAUAACCAGUGACUACAGAGCUCUUGGUCUCAGUCUACACACUGAGUGUCCUCUUCUUGCUAUUGGACACCUCAUCUUGCCUGAAAUGUCCCACACCAUCACCUUCAUUGGAUCAGAGAAUCCUAACUGCUUCACUAGUAACUUCCUUGAAGUUCCAGACCCAGCUCUUGUGAUUGAAUCUGAGUUGGUCAACAACCACUUGCUUCUUGGGAACAUCUUUGAACUUCAGGCCAAUUUUACAGGUCCUGAUGUAGUGACUGUCUUUGGAAGAGAGGAUUCCGGACCAGUCUCUCAGUUUCAUUCAGUACAAGUGACUCUGUUUGGAGGAGAGUUUGAGUCAGAGGCCACCGUCAGGAAUGAUCAGCUGACAAUCUCCACCAGUAGUGGCAGUGUGUUUGGCUAUCCAGCUGAGCUGACCAUCACUGCACCUUCCAACAAGACUGACUGGCAGGACCUGGAAUUGACUGUGGACGGCUCUCUACUCUCAGGCAAUGGCAGCUUCAUGCAGAAUCUAAGUGAAGUUGUUACAAGAAAGCUAAGAAGGCUGGCGGAAUCGGCAAAUUCACGACGAGAAGUAGCUCAGAUGUCUCUUGAUCAGUCAAAGGAGAGGCUUCUUGCUAUUGAGGAAAGAUACAACCAGACAGUUGCAAACUUGCCUCUAGCUGAACAAAGGAGGAAUGCCACAAGAGAAAGCAUUGAAGAGGCCACAAAAAGGUUACAAGAAAUAGAGCGGCGGUUCAAUGCAAGUCAAGAUCCGGGACUAGUAGAAUUGGACAAAUUGUGUACUUUGCAGGUGUGUAAAGAUGUGUGCAUGCCAGGCCAAGUAUGCAGGAGCUGUUCCAGGCCAACCUUCAUUGAAAAAACAACCAAGUGUCCAAUCACGGUUAAAGAACUGAGAAACGUUCGUGUGGCCCCGUUCUUUGUGAUUGGGACCACGUGGAGGUUUGUGCUGGAGUGUCACAACGAAAACAGCGGGGUUUGCACUUUACCAAAUUGCAUAGUUUACGAUGGAAAGCAGUGCUAUGGGAAAUGCGUCCCAGUUCAAUCCCUUCUUCCAGUAUACAACUGGGUGCUUAAAGAAGUGGAUGUUCCAUCUUUUGAAAAUUGUACUGUCAGAUUCUUUAAUGCGUCCAUGCCCAGCUCUUGUUGUGAGAAUGUGACUUGCGCUCAGAGGAUACAAAAUAGCUCGUGUGUUACGAGUAAUGUAAUGUGCAGGAUUAAACGUCAGAACACAACAGAAGGCAUCGAAGAGGGAAGGAGAGAGCUUCUUCGGCAAUUGCUGGAUGCUCAAAGGAACCUGUCACUGGCAGAGUUUGCUGGAAGAAGAGCAGAUGUUGAGUAUGAAAUCCACAGACAGAGGGUAGAUCAGUUGGCAAUGAGUUUGGAGAGACUUCGAUAUGCAAGUGAUAACUCUGAAACGGUGUAUAACAGAACAUUGGAAGAAGUGGGACCAAUUCUGAGAAUAUUUGAAAGUGGUAAUAACAGCGGGUAUCAGAAUGUCUUCAGGAUCAAUAGUGUCACAUUCAAUACAAAAUUAACCAACAGUCCAACAUUCUUGGCCUUCAAUGUGGUGUUUCAGAAUCUGAUAGACAACAGUGGAACUGAGUACCGAGAAUCAUACCUGUACAUUUCAACACAAUCAGAAGCAGUCAACCUUGAAAGAAUGGCUGAUGACAUAAUAGACACAGCAUUCAUUGGAGAUUCCAGGAGUAGCACGUUGCCACAGACAAGGCUGCGGAGACAGACAACAGCAGAUCUCACUCCGAGACAGAUCUUUGCCUCUCGCUGCACUCACAUCUCAAACACACAACUCUUCUUUACCGAGAUCCAGGCCAGACUAACAGAGAUUCAGGACAACAUCGACACCUCUCGUGAAGGAGCCGGUGAACUCUCGGAGAGUCUGAGUCUAGACGGACCACAGGAGGACGAGGAGUUUGCGGCCUACCUGGACCUCAUCAGGGGCUACGAAGACCUGUCGAUGGAGGCUCUACGGGCCCUGGAGAGCACCAUCUUCUCAGAGUGGCAGGCCAGCAUGGAGCUCCUGUACUCAGAGUCGGGCUCAGUGGGGGAAGUGGGCUGCGACGGACUGGCCGACUGUCUCCAGACCUCCACUGACCAACUCCUGAACCUCAUAGAGUUGACUCCAGAUAGUGAACUGAGCCAAGAGUUCAUCUCUCUGAGACCGAGCUUUCCACUGGCCGCCAAGAGGUUGCUGGAGUUGGCUCUUCUCUCCAACAUUUCCAUCCAGGAAGGUCUGGCUAGGGUGGACCCUAUUAUUGAGAUCACAAUGGCCUAUGCAACAGACAAUUACUGGUGCAACGAACCUCCAGUUAUGAUCACAGAGCCACCACCCGAGGUGAACAUUUCUCUGGGGGCCACCCUGCGAUUAUCAUGCAAAGCAGAGUCAAACCUACCACUGACGUAUUACUGGAUGAGGGACGGUAAUGUACUGCCGCAGUUCACCACAAACGAGUUGGUCAUUGCUGCCGUGCAGCGACAGGACUCGGCCAACUACACCUGUGUGGCCAGCAACCCAGUUGGCACUGCCGAGUCUAUCAACACCAGUGUAACAGUCUAUGAGCUCCCACAGUUCUAUCUCUCCCCAGAGUCUGUCGUCACCUACUUUGGUGACAGGAAUGGGGCCUGGUUUGCCUGCAACGCAUCUGCCUGGCCCUACCCUGGCUGGAAGUGGUACCAUCGCAGCUCUUCUGAUGCAGACUGGACACUCAUCGAAGGAGAACAAACCAACGAACUACUUGUUGUGGAUCCCCAACUAGAGGACGAGGGUAUGUAUGCUUGCGAGGCAUUUAACUAUCACGGCAGUGUUCGCUCCGAGCCAGUGACCCUGACACUUCUCCCGUUCACUGUAUCCCAGAACCAGUUCCCUCUGGAGUUCUCUGUAUUCAGUCCCAAUGGAUCCUGCACAGCAGAAGACAUGUAUGACUCUCUCUACUUCCUCAUAUCUGAGACUAUCGGUGGAGAAACGUCUACCAUCAAAGAUUUCAAUGUGACAGAAGUGGAUUCAGAGAACUAUGACGUAUCCCUGAGUCUUGUGAGCCAAAACGUCACCACACCCUACCUUCACCUCACAACGUUUACCGAGAUCAUAAACUCAGCACUGCCUCAUGCAAGGAGCCUUCGGAAAAGUGUACAACUGACCACUGAUCUUCUCAAUGGAGACAUUGGGGGGCUCAUCUGUCCGGGGACGGGAUCUUCAGUUGUGGAAGACUCUCUGGUAGUGGGUAAGUUGAGGUACACGUGUCCACCAGGACAGAGACUCAACUCCGACUACCUCCUCUGCUUGAGCUGCGAGCGAGGGCACUUCUCCUCUGAGACUGAGCGUUCUCGGAUUGUAAAUGGAGUCAGUUUCAGUGAGAGUGUUCCAGUGUGUGAGAGAUGUCCACUCGACACUUAUGCCGAUGCUCUCGGGAGCACCACCUGCAGCCAGUGUCCCAAGUACCACACUACCUCAUUACCUGGAGCUUCUUCAGUCAAUGACUGUCUGCCCCAGCAACUGGUGCUGGAGUGUGAGGCUAGGACCACCAGUGGCCACAUUGACAUUGACUGCAAGACCAACAGACCUCCUCAGACCACCCUCUGCUCCUUCAAUGGUGGACUCAAACACCAGUGUUCCUACCCAGUGUCCAUCAAUAGAGAUGUGUCUCCUCUUGGGAGUCACACACUCACAAUCUUUGUUGAAGAUGACGAGGGAUUCCAAGCAGAGGCAACUGUCCCUUACUUCCUUGAAGAAGACUCCAAACCCACUGCCUCAGCAGCAGUUCCUCCACUGGUGGUGGCGUUCAUCGAGGACUCUCCUCUUGUCCAAGGAGACUCUGUAGAGGCCCACAUCCUUCUCUCACGACCUGUCCAGUCUCUGGUGUGCAGACUCAAGGGAGGAUCCUUCAGAACUGAGAAAAACUGCUCCGGUGGCUAUGUAGAGUUCUCUGGACUGAGUCCUGCUGUCUACACUCUGAGAGUAGUGGCCACCAACCGCAGACCUGACACGGAGUUUAUCAAGUCUCGUUUCGAGAUCACAGACGACGCAGAGCGCUGUACUCUCCACCUCAUCAAUGGUGGAGUGAGUGUGAGUGGAGACAGUGCCACAGUAGAGUUCACUGGGAGGGGACCUGUCCACGGCUACCUCUGUUACCUGGACAAGAUGGACCCCUACCAGUGCUCCAGUCCAGUGGUGGUGAGUGGGUUGAGUUCUGGGAGACAUGUCCUGAAGGUGGUACCCACUGACUGUGGCAGGAACAGAAGGAACCUGAAAACUGACUUCAUCAUUGAGUGAUUGUUGACAGUUGUGCUGACACAGACCUCUGUAGUUAUGAAAAAGGACCUGCAAUUUUUGUAUAGCUAAAGUUUUUGUUAGGUUUGUAGCUAUGAUUUUGAUCAGUGUGUAGUUACGAAUUUU